AUGUGCUCUUGUUUUGUAAGGCUACUUGUCCAUGUCUCAAACACUGCUCUUUCUCUGCGUGAUCUAAUUGUUGAUGGCGCUUGGAACUUGUCAGGUUUGUAUACGAUGCUUCCUUCCUCAAUUGUGGAGGCGCUGCUAAGUUUGAGCCCAUCCUUGGACGCGCAUUUGUUGGAUGCUUGGGUUUGGAGCCCUAAUCGUGCCGGUGUGUAUACUGCUGCCACGGCUUACCAAUGGUUGCUGCAACAGCGAGGCUUGGUGGUGACUGGUGGGGAUUGGCAGUGGCUUUGGAAGAUUCGAGCAUCGGAGAAGGUAAGGGUCUUGAUUUGGUUCAUCCUCCAUGAUGCGUUACAAGUUAAUUCAGUGAGGUUUCGGUGUCAUCUUGCUGCUUCUCCUCAAUGCUCGCGCUGCUCCCACCCGGUAGAAGAUGUGUUACAUUGUCUUAGGGAUUGCCUGCAUUCUCAUGAAAUCUGGUUGCACUUGCAAGCUUUUGGGUGGCCGCAGUUUAAUGUAUCGGAGGUGGUGACUUGGAUUCAAUCUCAGGUUCGAGGUCCGCAUUCUACCUUGUUUGUCUCGGCUUUGUGGGGCUUGUGGAGGUGCUGGAAUGAGAGGGUGCUUGGGGAAGCUAAGUGGACGCUGCACUACACAUACUCUUGGAUCUGGAAUGAGGAAAAGGAGUAUGAUCAAUACCUAGCUAAGAGUCAAGAGAGGAUUUUGGGACCUUUGCAGAUUGAUCGGUGGAAACCUCCUGCUUCUGCCUUUGUGUCUCUUACGAUUGAUGGUGCUUAUGAUCAUACUCAGCGACGUAUGGGUAUGGGAGGUGUGGUGCGUGACCAACAUGGAGUGUGGCAAUUUGGAUUUUGCGCUGGUAUGCUUGAGGGUGAUCCUUUAGCUGCCGAACUUAGUGCUCUUCGUCUGCAGGAGUGUGCUAGUAUGUUUAUGGACAUUCAUCUCUUGCUUGCUCGGCAGUGGGAUAUUAGGCUUCGUCACAUUUCUCGGGAGGCCAAUGGGCCGGCGGAUUGCUUGACGGGUUAUGGAGCUUCUCAACAGUGUGCUUUUACUUAUUUUGAUAACCCCUCGGACAUUGUUGUCCCUCUUCUGUCCCAGGAUGUUUUAACUUUGUAG